GCCUCUGCAAUGGACACUCAAUAAUGAAAGGUCACGGCAGGAUAUACAAGCACAAUAAAUUCUGUCUAUAUUUGGAAGAGAACAACAGACUCCAUACCAAGUGUUCCCGAGGAUCCUCAGUGUGUAUCCCCCCUGCAUCAAACCCCGUAUCGUGCUCAGUAGAUGCUCAUUCCCUCACCAUGGCAACAGAAGAUAAGAAACCAGAGACCGACACGAAACCUCCAGUGGUCCCAUCGGCAUCUGCCAGUCAAAGCAAGUCUGCACCCGCUAAGCCAAACUACAGCCUGAAAUUCACAUUAGCUGGUCACACUAAAGCCGUGUCCUCCGUCAAAUUCAGUCCGAGCGGAGAGUGGCUCGCCAGCUCAUCUGCUGAUAAACUCAUCAAAAUCUGGGGAGCAUACGACGGCAAGUUUGAGAAAACCAUAUCUGGACACAAACUCGGUAUAUCUGACGUGGCCUGGUCCUCUGACUCCAACCUCCUGGUGUCUGCAUCGGAUGACAAAACCCUCAAGAUCUGGGACGUGAGCUCGGGGAAAUGCUUAAAAACUCUAAAAGGUCACAGCAACUACGUCUUCUGCUGCAACUUCAACCCCCAGUCCAAUCUCAUCGUGUCAGGAUCGUUUGAUGAGAGUGUAAGGAUAUGGGAUGUGAAGACCGGGAAGUGUUUGAAAACAUUGCCGGCUCAUUCUGACCCUGUCUCAGCUGUUCAUUUUAACAGAGACGGCUCCCUGAUUGUGUCCAGUAGCUACGACGGCCUUUGCCGAAUCUGGGACACAGCAUCGGGGCAGUGCUUAAAGACACUCAUAGAUGAUGACAACCCUCCAGUGUCAUUUGUGAAGUUCUCCCCCAAUGGGAAAUACAUCCUGGCUGCUACACUGGAUAACACGCUGAAGCUGUGGGACUACAGUAAAGGAAAGUGCUUGAAAACGUACACAGGCCACAAAAAUGAGAAGUACUGCAUAUUUGCAAAUUUCUCCGUCACCGGUGGAAAGUGGAUCGUGUCGGGCUCGGAGGACAACAUGGUUUAUAUCUGGAACCUGCAGACGAAGGAGAUCGUGCAGAAGCUCCAGGGCCACACAGACGUCGUCAUCUCCACCGCCUGCCACCCGACAGAGAACAUCAUCGCAUCCGCGGCUUUAGAAAAUGACAAAACCAUCAAGCUAUGGAGAAGCGACUGCUAAGCCCUUUUGGAUCUUUUGGGCCAUUCAUAUUUCUUUCCUUUAUUUUUUUUUUCUACAUUUUUUUCUAUGUUUUGUUGUAAGAAAAGAGGACUUUUUUCUAACAGAGAGCUCCUGCGGGAUGCACAGGGCUUUCAGGUAAUGAAAUUCAGCGAGGAGAACCAAAUGAGAUGCAGCCACACAGUAUCAGCCGAGUCAGUUCUGCAGCGGACGUGUUCUUCAUGUUGCAUCUGACAUCUAUUCCACGUGUCCGUUAAUGUGCCACAUUGUGUUGUCUCCACAGGGAUGCUGGAGACUUUUGGUAUUCUUUACAAUAACGCAGAUUCUCUGUUCUGGUGCUUCAGUAUUUUUGACACUGCAUUAACCCUGAUGUCACUGCUUCUCUGUUCACUCACACACGUGCAUUUCUGGUCUUGUACAAUAAAUGUAACGCUUAUUUGGCCUUUCUAUGAUUUAUUUUGCCUUUAAUUUGUCUGUGUAAUUGUGUAGUACCGUCUAAAUGACUCCGAGGUGGAGAGGUGACUUUGACAUCAAGCUUUAGAUAUUAAAAAAAUCUGCAGAUCUGUAUGGCUGUUAUUUAUUCAAGUAGUGUUUCUCUUUCUUUUCCUUAACAUCCAGUGCCAGAUCUCAGUUGUGCGCUGUGUGCCAGAAUAUAUUUACAAAGUUUGUGAGUCCAAUUCGGGCAGCAAACAAGGAUCUAAAGUUUAGGAAGUACAUGAGCCAAGUCAAAACUGCCUCAAGAAAAUGUGACAUAUGAUGUCACAUAAUGAUGUGACAGUGACAGAAAACCCAAAUGUUAUGAAUUUUAUACAAUCCAGUCGGAUAAUUAUAUUUAGCCCCCCCAAAUGUCUAAUUUUACCAUUUUACAGUGACCAAAUGCAGUUACAUUGUGUUCUAGGAUUUGUACAUAUUACAUUGACGUAUUGUGUUUUGAUUAUUUUAGCUGUCUUUUUUUUUUUUUUAAUGGUCUCUUCUGCUUGAUUAGCUCUUACUGUAGUUCUGCUCACAAAGCCAGCAGCAUCUGUUCUCUGUAGCUAACCUGGACUUUUGUGGAAUACAUGUUUGCAUUUGUCAGCUAUAACCCCGAGACUUAAUAAAACCAGUUUUUGUAUGUUUCA